AUGCUAGCAAAGGUCUUGGUUGGCUCGGCGCUCUCCAUGAGUAGCCUUGCGUUUAUCGUCACACCAUCAGCUUCUACCUCGGAUCCUACCAUCACUCCUGGUCCACAGAUCGAGCUCUGGAGGAAACAAAACAAUGACCGUUACAUGGGAUGGGUAUCACAAAACGGUGUCUGGACGUCUCAACAAUGCGAAUCAGGCGCUACUUACUUCCAGACCGGAGGCCAUUGGAGAUGCUGCGCAGCAACAUCUGCUGGCUGCGACAUACCUCAAGCUUGUGUUAACGGCAAUUUGAUCUUCGAUGGCAGACUUUACGGGGGUAGCACGUCUCUAACUAUUCCAUGUACCUCCGCCUAUCCCGACCCGACAGAUCGGUCCUUCACCAUCUGCAACACUGCCUUCAUGUAUGAGAACGAUCAGGACUCGAGCCCUCAGACCAAUGUAAACUGCGGUAUCAGUAGUGUCAACUGGUCAUACUACCGCGUCCAGCCCGAAGCAGCGAAGACCACAUCGAGAUCCUCAACACCUCGCUCCACUACAGCAGCAACCACCUCAGAUGGCAACGGCGACACCAACGCUGCGACCCCCACCCUUACCCCCACCAAAGAAGAGAAAUCCUCAAGCAAAGCCUGGAUAGCUGGCGCAGUCGUCGGCCCCAUCGUAGGCCUCGCACUUAUCGGCUUCCUGGCCUGGUUCUGCAUCCGCCGCAAGAAGCGCUCCACUACCGCCGCACCACCACCAGCAUCGUAUAACCCCCAGCCUGCAGCGCCCACCGGCCCGGCCUCACCACCACAAUACUUCCCGCCGCCCAUGCAGCAGCAAGGCGCCGGUAUGGUCCCCUUCGGGGUCGAAGAAAGCAAGCAAAACACAUGGACUUCUCAACCUCAAUCCCCUGUCAGCCAAGCGUCGUCGCCGAACCCGCUGUCAAUGUAUGGGAAUCAGUAUCCUCAGCAAGGCGGGCAUGCUGGAUCGGGGCAGCCGGUGUAUAACGUGCCGAGCCCGAGUAUGAGUCCUCCACCACAUGCUGCGCAGCAGGGCGCGUAUGCGGAGAACAAUGCGAACUAUCAGCAGCCUCAGCCUCAUGAGGCAAGGCCGUUUUCAAGUGAGUUGGAUGGGAGUCCGCAGGUUAUUAGUGUGCAGCCUAAGCAGAAUUAA